AUGGAGAACGUGGUGGUGGAGAACAUCUACCUGCUGGUCGUCGUCACGCUGAUCAGCGUCCUGCAGAACGCGUUCUUUGCUCUGAAGGUGGAGCGUCAGAGUCUGAGCUCGGCGGCCUUUGAAAGAGUUUCAUGUGCCAAUCGGAACUGCAUGGACGCUUAUCCAACCUUCCUGGCAGUGAUGUGGUGCGGCGGUCUGUGUCUCAGUCAAGCUCCUGCUGCCUUCGCUGGGAUCAUCUACCUGGUCGUCAGGCAGAAAUACUUUGUCGGAUACAUGGGACAAACUUCUCAGAGCACGCCUGGUUACCUGUUCGGGAAGCGCGUGCUGUUCUUCCUCUUCCUCAUGUGCAUCAUCGGCAUCUUCAACUACCUGCUGGUCCGUCACUACGGCAACGAGUACAAGGAGUACGUGGAGACCAUCACCAGCGCCUCCUCGGCCCUCCUGCUGCUCCCCUAACGCACCUCCUCCUGCUCCCCUAAC